GUGAGCUGAGCUUGACUUGACUUGACUUCUUUCUCUUUAAUCUCAUCUCCCAGUCAAAGUCCACUCCAGCCCAGUUCAGCACGCACGCACUCCUCCUCCCCCCAAGGCUCAAGGCCCCCCCCCAGAUCGGUCACCUCCAUCCAUCCUUAGCACCCAAGGCCUGAGACAAGCAAAUCAACACCAACCCAACCGCUACCUACCUACGCUCCACUCACUUCCACGUCUGUCUCCCCCAUCUCACCAUCUUCAACUUAUCAUCAUCACCACCAUUAUCAUCAUCCUUCGGCACCGGCGCUUGUAAGUUUAUUUUCUUCCUUUCCGCUCUGUUCCGAUUACCCUGGACCGGGAAGAGCUCCAUCUCCACGUCAACAACAACAGCAUCCAUCACCUUCCAUCACAUCACCCGUCAUCAUCGACUUGCAGCCCUUCCCUCAACCUUUCUGGCCUUGUUGGUCUCGUUGCUCGAGUAAACAAAGCCAUUGGCUAGAUACCUCACGAGUACUUCAAUUGGCUCUGACCCACCUCAAUCCUUCCUUGCCUUGCAAUAUUCUCCCGCCAUCUUGUCAAGUCCUCUUUCCUGUAAUCCAUUGUCAUGUCCAGCUGCUGUUGUUGAGCGAGCGCGCACAUUCCCUCCCUCAUCCCCAUGUCAAUAACGAUCCGCGAUCGUUAGACCCCACCUGUUUAUAUUGGACAUCCUCACUGACACCUGGAUCAAAGUCUCUCUUGCGCGUCUGACCCUUGACUCGACCCGUUGAUGACGCCGUCGCGGCCGUGUUGACUUUGACGAUAACAUCCGACGACGACGAUCACGACGACGACGAAAAGGACAUAGCGCGCCGUGAGCACAAACCAAGAUCCAACAGAUCAAGGGCAUCAUUCAAUCUGGAGCAAUUUACCCUGAGUCGGAUCAAAAUAAUAUUCUUAUCUCGACCUCCAACUAGAACGCGCUUCUCACUUAAUCAUACUCUUCACCAUCACCGCCAUAUAGCCGAAUAAUAGCAAGCAUGGUUGACUUCAAGAGUGAAACCGUCACCAAGGUGUCGGAAAAGGUCCACGAUGCCACUGAAAAGAUGGGCGACAUGCUUGACCAGGCCGAGGCUGGCAAGAUUCCCGGCACAAAGGGCCACCACCCCGUCUCUGCUGUGAUCGGUACAGCUUUGACCGGUGGUAUGAAGAAUGCUGGUACUAAGGGUUAUCUGGCGGCUUACAUCAAAGAGCUUGAAGACAAUCCUCUGCGCACCAAGAUGCUCACCGCUGGUACUCUUGCUGGUACACAGGAGCUCGUCGCUUCAUGGCUCGCCAAGGACCGCAACAAGCACGGCAACUACUUCACCGCUCGUGUUCCCAAGAUGGCCGCAUAUGGUGCUCUCAUCAGUGCUCCUCUAGGUCAUUUCCUCAUCUGGGCGCUCCAGAAGGCUUUCAAGGGCCGCACCAGCCUGCGCGCCAAGAUUCUGCAGAUUCUUGUCAGCAAUCUCAUUAUCGCUCCUAUCCAGAACAGCGUCUACCUCGUUGCUAUGGCUCUCAUCGCUGGCGCUCGCACCUACCAUCAGGUUCGUGCUACCGUCAAGGUCGGCUUCUGGAAGGUGAUGCGGGUCUCGUGGAUCACCUCGCCUAUCUGCCUGGCUUUUGCUCAAAAGUUCCUCCCUGACCAGCUCUGGGUCCCCUUCUUCAACAUUGUGUCCUUCAUCAUCGGCACCUACAUCAACACCAUCACCAAGAAGAAGCGUCUCGCAGCUCUCCGCAAGAAGCACUUCGGUGACGACCGUCGAUCCAACGCUGGUGAUAUGCGACCAGGCCGCCCCGAUGACUACCCUCCUCCUGGCAUGGGUGGCCCCAACCCUCCCUACUAAGCGACUCCAUCUCAAGCGCCGAUCCGAGCUCAGCCACGCCAAUGAAGCCAGGUGCAAGAUGGCAUUAGGAACGGCUAAAGUACCUAAAGAGGAGGGAAACCUAGUGACGAAGGAGUGAACUAACAUUGACUUCUUGGCGAUGGGUGGAUGAUGUCGAAACCCAUGCUCGGAUGGGUCGUGUCGCUUGACAAGUAUAUACCCGAGAUGAGGGGGUGAGUUGGACCGGUGCCCGUCCUGAACUCAGGUUGUUGAAUAUGUAUCUACAAGAGAAAUUCUGGUUAAGGAUAAGGGCAAUGUGGAGGGGAAGUGGUAAGAUGUGUAUGUUUGUAUGUGCGAGUUGCUGGUUAAUGAAAUGAACUAGUAUUUUUAUCUUUUUUAUACACCUUCUAUAGUAGAGUUACCUGGUUGGCCGGUUAGAGCCUAAUUUGAGGAUAUGUGAGAAGAACUCUGAUACGUGAG